GCGGAGGAGGGCUCCAUCUCUGCUGCCAGGCGCGUCCGAGGGGCGCUGCUUGCCGCAGAGCUGCGGGGGCUGCUCCUCCCUCCAUCCCUGCUCCCAGUACACUCGUUACUUUUUCCAUAAAGGCGACUCUUAGCGAGCACCGAGCUUCCUCUCGCACUGCACCGUCCCCACUCCCUCCCUGUCCCUGGUGGCAGUUGGCUCUCUUGCGCUCUCCGGCCGCCAGAGCUCUGCUGCCAUGGGAAUCCGAGGGAUGCUUCGAGCCGCCGUGCUCCUGCUUCUCAUCAGGACCUGGCUCUCAGAGGGCCACAACACUACUCCUCUCCCUGAAUUCCACUUUGAGCUCUCCUCUACUGUGCCUGAAGUCGUCCAGAACGUCUUUAAUUGCAAAAAUUGUGCAAAUGAAGCUGUGGUUCACAAGAUUUUGGACAGGGUGUUAUUGAAAUAUGAUGCCCGUCUGAGACCAAAUUUUGGAGGUGCUCCUGUGCCUGUGGGAAUAUCUAUGUAUAUCUCCAGCAUUGACCAUAUCUCAGAAAUGACUAUGGACUAUACUAUCACGGUAUUUUUUCAUCAGACCUGGAAAGAUCCACGUUUAGCAUACUAUGAAACUAACCUGAACCUGACUCUGGACUAUCGGAUGCUUGAGAAGUUGUGGGUCCCUGACUGCUACUUUCUAAAUAGCAAGGAUGCCUUUGUGCAUGAAAUGACUGUGGAAAAUCGGAUGUUUCAGCUUCACCCAGAUGGAACAGUUCAGUAUGGCCUCCGACUCACUACCACAGCAGCUUGUUCUAUGAAUCUGCAGAAUUUCCCUCUGGACAAGCAGACCUGCAAGCUGGAGGUGGAGAGCUAUGGCUACACAGUUGAAGACAUCAUGUUAUACUGGGAAGGCGAUGAUAAUGCCGUCCAGGGGACUGAGAAGCUACACAUCCCUCAGUUCACCCUCCUGGGAAAGACAGUAACUAGCAAACAGGAACGCUUCUACACAGGUUCCUAUGUACGACUGAUACUGCGGUUUCUGGUCCAGAGGGGAAUUCUCAGCUACCUUGUACAAAUCUAUUGGCCUACUGUCCUCAUCACCACUGGCUCUUGGAUAACAUUUUGGAUGAACUAUAAAUUCUCUGUAACCAGGGUGACAGUGGGUCUGACCUCAAUGCUCAUCCUGAACGCCAUCAAUUCACAUCUGCGGGAUAAACUCCCCCAAUUUUCUUGUAUCAAGGCCAUCGACAUCUAUAUGGUUGCAUGCUUCUUCUUCGUGUUCCUGUCCUUGCUAGAAUAUGUCUUCAUCAACUAUCUUUUCUACAGCCGAGGAGGAACUCGGCGCCGUCAUAGGCAACAUAGGAGAGCCCGAAGAAUUAUGAACCGCUAUUGCUACCAGCCCCAUGUGCACCAGAGACCCCAGGAAGAGGAGAUUCUGUCAGUGGAAGAGAUCAACAAUCACAUUACAAGUGCUGAUGAAGAAGGACCAGUCCCUCCUCCCUCCCCAAAAGUGCUUAUACAUGUAGGAUUUGAGUCUGCUGACUUCUUGAGUCUAUCUACUGUCUCCUCAAAGGGUGAUCAUGUUAACAUCAAAGAUGAAAGUGGCUCUCCUCCCUCUAGAUCACUGCAGGCUUGCCAGGCAAGCCCAGAAAGCCUCAACUCUUUGACCUUUAUCCCAGAGCAGGCCCCAAUGGCCACCUCAGAAAGCCUCAGCUCACUGUCUUCUUUCUCAGGCCAGUCCUGGCUGGCCAUCAGAGAAAGCCUGAAUGAUCUCUCCUGCACCUCAGAGCAGGCCCUGCAUGUCUACAACCAGAGGUGUGUGCCAGAAGCAUGCUGCAACCCUGGUAAGAUACCUAGAAGAUCUGAGGAGUUCCUUAUCAUGCCUGAUGAUGUCAAAGUUGAAUGUGGCUACCCUGACCUUAGGAUGCAAUUCCAACCUGAUAAUGACACUACCUGGAGCCGUGAUGGUGACAAUUUCAUGGGCUUUGAUCAAGACGAGGACAGUAAUUCAGAGUCUGGUGAUAGUUGCCCCCCAAGCCCUGGGUACUCCUUCAGUGAAAGGUUUUUGUAUGAUCUCUUUGACCCUGACUACGUCUCUAAGGUUGAUAAGUGGUCCCGGAUCAUCUUUCCUAUCGCCUUUGUGGUGUUCAAUGUUGUUUACUGGCCAUACAAUGCCAUUUAGUCUCAUACUGCCCCAGAGCAGUAGGAACACUGUGCUGUGCUCUUUUCACAGUUUCUUUUGGUUUUAUUUUGCCUUCUUUUCUUUGUUUUAUUUUAGGUUAUUUGGGCAGUCAAAUCAGUUAUCCCUUUUUCUCUAUAAACAUGAGGUGGAGAGUAGUUGGAAAGAAUGUGUUCUGGCUUGAAGGAAAGGGAUUGAGGAGGAGUGGAGAGUAAAUAACUCACUGAUUCUCCUUUUCUGUUAGAAGACUGUCACCUUUUCAAAGACUUUUAACAUCUAAUCAGCACAGAAAAGCCCCUGGAAAUGUGGAGAGGACAGAGAGGAGCCAGAUUGAGGGGUAGAAGGAGCUGAGCCUUGCACACAAACAUUUCUGGGGGCUGUUCUGUCCCCCUGAAGUGUUAAUUUUUUCAUUACUUUUUUUCUUUUUUCCUGCUAGGGAUUAUGAUCCUUGCUCACCUACUGCUUAUAGUUUUAGGGAAGAAAGUCAAGCUUGAUUGGGCUAGGAUGCACGAGAGGUGGGCAGCUCUGGCUUGGAAGUGCCAAGGGACUAGCUCUAGGGAAAUUGAAUUUUGAAAGUGACUUUCUCCACUAUUCGUCUGUUGUAUUUUGAGAGUGUGUUGUUGUAGCACAGGGUUGGGAGUGAAAUGGAGGUGGGUAGUCAAGGUGAUAGCAAGAUGUCAGGAUAAGUGAGAGCAUUUUUCUUGCAGGAGCUUGCAGAGGGUGAGUGAUGUCGGUUUGGAGAUUAUCCAAAUUGAACUGGCAUCUUUGGAUGAUUGAAACUUCUCCUGUCUAUAUCUCUGCUUCAGAACUCUUGGCAAUGGGUAGUUUAGUAUAUUCGUAUAGGUCAGAUGUUGAGUUGAUCACUAGUCAGAGCAAGCACUUGGUGAAACAAGACUAGGGUUAGAAAAGUUCUGACAUGCUACUUCACCAUCUGAUCUAGAAUAGCAAAUGAACAACUGUCGUGAAUCUCUAUACUAAUCCUUUCUAUUUGUUCAGUGCAUAGUGUCAAUGAGCUCACUGAUCCAUCACAUUGUCAGACCCUCACAGAGGCCCUGUGAGCCAGGGAAGGCAAAGCACAUUCUCCUCAGUGUUCCAAGAGGGAAAAAAUGGAGCUUGAGGAUGUAUAGCCAGUGAGUGAUAGAGCCACCCCACUUACUCUUCCUUCUUGUCCUCUUAACUCUCCCAAUUGAGGAGCUCCCUUUUUCUCCCCUCCCCUUUAAAAAUGGGGUGCUCAGUAAGGUUCUACCAUGCACCAGACCUAAUUCUAUAACACCUGGAGCAUGUCUGCAGGAAGAGGCUGGUGACCAGUGUGAACCGAACAUAAGGAAUAUAGUCACUGCCCACACAGUGGAGCUCCUAAGGGAACUAGAAAUUAGCUUGUGCUCCAACUUGCCAAGCAACUCCACCUCAUUGAUGGAGGCCAUAAGGGAACAAGAUUUGCCAAGCACUCAGCCUAUGGGCCUCCUUUCUCCCUAGGCAGCCUGCCCUGAAACUCCUCAGCCACCUCCUCUUUUCACUGUGUUUCUGUGUAUACCAGGGUGUGUGUGUGUGCGUCAAGGUGGUUCUGUGUGCACAUACAACUAUUAAGAAGCUAUAUAGCUAUAUGUAUAUCAGUGUAAAUCUUUAUUGGUGCGUUUAAGAGUGUAUAUAUAACAAUGUGUGGAUACAUAUAUGCUUGUGCACACCCCUAUGAAAGAGUGUGUAAACUUUUGAGUUAUGUAUGUGUGUGCUUGUGCAUAUACACAUGGGUGUAAUUUGGGUGUCCAAGUGCAUGUGUGCAUACCUAUGUUUAUUUAUCUGAUUUGAAUGGGUAUGAAGGGAAAUACACCUGAAAGCAUAUGUAUUUCUUAUUGCCGGCUCUUCUAGAACCACCAGAAUUCCCUUGGCCUGUUCCCACAGAAGGAGGAGGGAGCUCUUUGGCUAGGCUGAUUAACUGUUUCAUUCAAUUCCUAUUCCAAGGAGCAGCAUCUCCCGGUCCCCAUCCACUCCUGUCUUUCUCCCUGCACCCAUCUGUGCUAUCUCCUGGAUAGAAGACACAGAAGAAGUGAAUGUAGUCCUAGAGUCCUAGGAAGUGAUAAUUUAGUGCCUUGAGGUAGGAAUUCUCAAUGGUGGGGUGAACUGGUAGUGAAGAGCAGUUUGCAUUGUCCUGGAAGGACAUGUUUUGGAUGCCUUGAAGAUGCAUUGAGAACAGAAGUAUUAUAUAGAAAGCUAAAGAACUGGAGAGAUGGUUAUAUUACUGCCUUUAUAACUCAUCCCUUUAUUCCAAUCACCUUGUAAGCCUGACCUUGGAGGCAGCCCCAAGCAGGUGGGUGAUGUGAGGAAAUGGCCCAGGGAAUUGGCUGCUAGCAACCGGAUGCAGAGAACCAAAGGUGCCUGGGAGAUGGCUGCAGGCAUGGACUGUGGUGGUGGGCCCAUUCAGGGCAGGGGCGCUUUAGUAGUCACCCUGGGAUGGCUGUUGGCUGAACUUCAGCCUUAGAUUAGGAACUUCCCUUUUCACCUCCUCCAAGGAAAGAGAUAGUCAAAGGGGUGAGAAGUCCGACCAAGGAGAGAAGUACAAAGAGCGCCAAGGACUGACUGCCUAGUUCAGCCCAGCUUGUCAUCUCUUCUCUUCUUUUCUAUAAAGGCAUCAUAUAAAUAUAGCCUCCUACAUGUUCACACCCACAGAGCCCUACACCGUCACAUAUACAUGCAUACACACAUUGGGCACUCACCUUCAUCAGUAUAUACAUAUAUACACAGACAUGCACAAACACUGCCACAUGUAUGUAUGUUCACAAACACAAUCACAUGCAUUUAUACUUGUAUGCACACAUACACCAACAAACCUUGUAAGACAGAUAAGAACAAGAAAGUUGCCAUGGAAAUGUUUAAGAUUGCUUCUUUUUGGACACCCCUCACAGAGAGAUCCAGGUUGGAGGGAAAGCAAUGACCCUACAUAUGAAGCUCCUACAAUGACUACACAAAAGUUUAAACAUUGGUUGAUUGGUUUGGGUUUGGGUUUCCAGGAUCCUGGAAGGCCUAUGACCCCUGUAGGAGGUAAGCAGCUCAUUUAGGGUGAGGUCAUACUAGUGAAAGAGACUGGAGCAGUAGGGGACAAAAAAGGGGUUUUAAGAUAUGUCUGGCAGCAAUGCACAGGAAGACCUCAAACCCUGAAGAAGGGUACAGAGGCCAGUUGUAAAUAUCUUAUAGAUCCAUGUAGCUAGAUAUAUUAGUAUACCUUAAAAAGAAUAUCUUGCCCUAAUGUGCUGCAAUGUGUUGAACUCUACUGCAACUCAUGCUGUGUGAGGUUAAGUGUCAAGGUGAGGUGGAGGUCUGGCAAUGACACCUUUUAAGAAAAUUGAACCUUCUGAAUUUACCAUGUAGUUGACCAUUUUAGCCUGAAAAUUGCCAGAUCUUCUCUUGUCAUGUUCUAUGUAUGUCUGUCUUCAGCAUUGCCAUUGAGCUCCCUCCUCAGCUGUCCCCAGUGGUACAGGCAUACCCUCUUCUAACUGGCUGCCUAUAUCCCCUCCCACUCCACACCUCACACCAAGUAACUCUGGAAGUCCAGAGCAUCUAACAAGGCACUCUUGGGGUUCAGCCCAUGGAACCUUUGUCAGCCCCAGCCAAUCAGAGAGUGCUUGUGGUGAUAUUUGGAGUUGUGGAAGAGGGAAGAGUGUUGCUGAGUGUGAGAUGGAGCAACCUCCACUUUACUCCUCUACCCACCUUCCCUUUCUUUUCCUCACAUGGACUAUCAUAUUAACUUUCUCCCUAGAAUCCCCUCUACGUCACUACUAUGGGAAAGAUUCUAUUUCUCCAAAGUGUCAUUUUGUUGUAGGGACAUGUGACAUGUUUCCUACCAAAUUCUUGCCCAUUUCACCUGCCAUUGUGGGGUGCCUUUGCAGAGAUAACAGAUGAUCUGUUGGGUCAUACCAGAGCUUGUCAAAUGUAUUCUUACAAUCCAUGUCAUCUUGUUAAUAGCAAGGCUCCAAAUUCUUUGCAUAUUUAGAGCUGUUUUGCUGAGACUGUGGCCAAUACUUAUUCUGUACAUAAAAGAGCUAAUCCUCUGAACUAUUAACUAAUGAAUGCAUUUGCUAAGUUAUCCACCUGCAUGGUACCCUACUGUGGUGCUGCACAUCAAAGGAAAUUGUGAUUUGUCUUACAAAGUGCAGUGUGUUCGUGUUUGUUGUAUAGUGUCUUGUGAUCAAUAUGAAAUCUUUAUUAUCAGUGUUGGGUUUUCAUGGUUGGGAGGGGGAGGGUGUUAUAGUGUCUCUCUCAUAUGUUUCAAUUAUGAAAUAGCCCCAGUUGGUCAGAUUCACCUUUGCUGAUUCAACAUGUGUGAGACUUUGCGCCGACCAUCUUGCCAUAUUGUGUCCCUGGAGUCAAUGGUCAUCAGCAGAAUUGAAGGUGACCAGGUGUGGUGCAACUGACCACAGUGCCAAAGAAUCUUCAAAAGGCAGCCAAGGCAGUGUCAUUCUGGAGGCAGAUGGAAUAAAGUAAAAUUACACACACACACGCAUGUAUGUUUCCAGGACAGGUGCUGGGCCCAGGCAACAAGCACCAAGAAAGGAGGAGGAACAAGACCCCUCUGCCCUGGAUGGCCUGACCCACAAAAGGGUGCAGAGCAGCAAAGACCCCACAAAAUAACUGGUGCCCUUUGUUCAUAUUAAAUGUAAAUUAUUGCAUGAAAAAGGCCAGUUCUGACUUCAAAGAAGGAUAACAUGAAGAAACAUAAAAUUAUGCUUCUGAAAAAUAUGCUGAAAUAAAGUUUUGUAAA